AUGUUGAGUCGUCUUUCACCCGCGGCCAGGUUAGAAUUUGGUAUUUAGACGGCAUAAUGGCAGAUUCUGGUGGGAAAAACGGAAAAUGUUGUUUUAAAAACACGAGAAUCCGCACGUUUUGCGGAUUUUGACUGAAAAAGGCAGCAAAGAGCAUAUUCCUUCUCUUCCAGUCUUCGUCGCAUCUCCACGACAGCUUUGUGCAGUAGCGAGAAGAGUGAGCCGGAUCUUUCGGAUCCGAAGACCCUCGCCCUUCACAAGCUGUAUCGCCCGGAACGGAUCACCCCGUCGAAACGUGGAAUCGACCUUCUCAAGACGCCCGGACUCAACAAGGGAAUGGCGUUUUCGCUCAACGAACGUCAAUAUCUCGGAAUCCACGGACUGCUGCCUCCCGCGUUCAUGACUGAGGAGCAGCAAGCGUACCGUAUCAUUACGAAGCUCCGUCAGCAACCGGACAAUCUGGCCAAGUACAUCCAGCUGGAUUCUCUGCAGGAUAGAAACGAGAAGCUGUACUACCGGGUGCUGUGCGACAACGUCAAGGAGCUCAUGCCGAUUGUGUACACUCCGACUGUCGGACAAGCCUGCCAGCACUUUGGAUUCAUCUACCGUAAUCCGAAGGGACUGUACAUUACGAUCAACGACAACAGCAUCUCGAAAAUCUACCAAAUUCUCGCCAACUGGCCCGCGGAGACCGUCAAGGCGAUUGUGAUCACCGACGGAGAACGCAUUCUCGGAUUGGGAGACUUGGGAACCUAUGGAAUCGGAAUUCCCGUCGGAAAGCUGGCACUUUAUGUGGCGUUGGCCGGAAUCCGUCCGGAAUGGUGCCUUCCGGUCAUUCUCGACGUGGGAACCGACAAUAACGAGCUGCUCAACGAUCCGUUCUACACUGGACUCAGAAGAAAGAGAGUCAGAGGUCCGGAGUACGACACCCUCGUCGAUAACUUCAUGAAAGCGGCGACGAAACGAUUCGGCAGGGACACUCUCAUCCAGUUCGAGGACUUUGGAAACCAGAAUGCGUACCGUCUUCUGGACAGAUACAAGGAAGAAUAUUGCAUGUUCAACGAUGAUAUUCAAGGUAAAAAACAACAUUACUGAACAAUUUUAAUAAAAUUUGAUUUCAUAGGAACUGCGGCCGUCGUCGUUGCCGGCCUUCUCGCCUCGACUCGUGUGACUAAAAAGAAGUUGUCGCAGGAGAAAAUCGUGUUCCUCGGAGCCGGAGGAGCGGCCACCGGAGUCGCCGAGAUGUGCGUGCGUCAGAUGAUCGACGAAGGUUUGACGGAGGAGGAGGCGUGCGGACGCAUCUACAUGGUCGACAUAGACGGACUCAUCACCACCUCGCGAAUUAAAAGCCUCGGCGAGAGACACGUCAAGUUUGCGAAAGACCUUCCGGACACGAAGAACCUUCUAGAAGUGGUGCGAACUGUCAAACCGGGAGCACUUAUCGGAGCAUCCACAGUCGCCGGCGCGUUCACCGAGGAGAUCAUCAAGGAGAUGGCAGCGAUCAACCCGCGCCCCAUCAUUUUUGCGUUGUCGAAUCCGACAAGCAAAGCGGAGUGCACCGCCGAGACCGCCUAUCGAUGCACCAAUGUGAGUAGUAGUUAUCUGAUCCUUUCAUAAACUUUUUCCAUUUCAGGGCGCCGUGCUCUUCGCCUCCGGAUCUCCAUUCGAAAACGUGGAGCUGAAUGGAAAACUGUUCAAGCCGGGACAGGGAAACAACGCGUACAUCUUCCCGGGAGUCGCCCUCGGAGCCGUCCUUUUCUGCACGAAGAACAUCCCAGACAAACUGUUCCUUUUGGCCGCCCGAAUGGUCGCAGACGCCGUCUCCGAGAAGUCUCUCUACACGUAUUCGCGUGUGUAUCCACGUCUCAAAGACAUUCGCGAGUUGUCGGUCAAGAUUGCCGUCGAGGUCGGAGAGUAUUGUUACAGACACGAUUUGGCCACACUUCAUCCGAAACCAGAGGACAUGGUAAGCACGAUUUCAUCACAAAAGCAAACAAAUCCAUGGCUUUCAGGAAAUGUUCAUCCGCCAGAACUUGUACAGUGUCGAGUACGACGAGCUGAUCAACAAGACGUACGAGUGGCCGGCGAAGGACUCGAAGCACGGAUUCCCGGUGCCGGUGCUCAGAAGAACUUCGAUGGACGAAGAAUAA